AUACAUUUUUGAGAAAGAAAAAGCGAAGAGCAAAAUGAAUAUGGAGGAUGGUUUGAAUCUUACAUUGGGAUUACCUGGAAGAGGAGAUGAAGAAUCAACCAUUUCAUGCUUCAAGAACAACAAUAAACGGUCGCAGCCUGAAACCAAUGAUGACUGCGAUGAAUCCAACCAAGCCAAAGAGGGUGACAUGGAAACUUCACCUGCAGCCAAAUCACAAGUGGUUGGAUGGCCGCCAGUGCGUAAAUACCKAAGGAACAGCAAUAUAAGUGGUAGCAAAUGCAAAAUGUAGAUUGAAUAAAAAUCAAAAUCUCUCUUUAUGUUUGAU